GGGCGACUCCUCAUAAACCGGAAGUUGUCUACCUCCAGUUAUCAUAACUGAUUUAUAGGGCACACCCUGUCCCGGGAUUUCACGAGUAGGGAGAGAUGGAAACUUAAUUUAGCCUUUAGCCGUAUGAAUAAUGAUUUAAAUAUUACUUGUGAAACACGUAGAGUGCUCCAGAGAAAAGACAUAUGUCAAAAUUAUGUACAGCACAUCUAUUUUAAAAAAGAAACUGAGAUAUGUGCAACUUUUUAUUUAUUUUGUUUAUUUUAUUUAUUAUAAAAAUGUGUUCACUUUUUAUGAAAAGUAUACAGUAUAUGUAAGGUGUAUCAUAUUACGUAAGAUGUAUUUUGGAGCAGUUUAGAGCAGUGUAACUUUAUAUACAAAUAAAGAAAUGUGCUUGUGCCACUAUUUACUGACACCGUUCAUCUGAUCUGACAUGGUUUUCCACAAAAGAAAAACAAAGAGAUGACCCGCUGCAGUGACAAAGAAAAUGAGGGGCUCAGUGAUGACGGAGCGGAGAAAUCAAACGAGAACCAGAAGAAAAGAAGCAAAGGGGAAAAACGUGUUUCCUUCCCACCAGAUGAACACAUUGUGUCUGGCUUUGCUGAGCAAAGGAGCACAGACCCAAAGGCUGACAGCUGCCUCACCUUGACCGAGAUAAUGGCAGCCUACCAGAGGAACUGCAGCAUCCACCAGGUUGAACCCAAACCACACAUCCUGCAGCAGCUCCAGCAGGGUGUGUGUGUAGGUGGCAGUGUGAAGUGUCUAGAUCUCAAAGGUGAGAGAUUAGACCACCGCUCCUGUGAAGCUCUGGAAGUUGUCCUGAAAUCGCUGCACUUUGAUUUCAUCAAUCUACAGGCAACCCAACUGGAGGAAAAUGGAGCAGCGUCCUUGCUGGAUAUGAUUUCGUACUAUGAAUCUACAACCCAUCUUGACAUUUCUGACAACAGCAGUAUGGGAACAUCCGGUUGGAAGGCCCUCGCUCAUUUGAUAAAACAGAGCGUGAGUCUGUCCAGACUGGACUUGUGUAACGUGCCCAUAGUAGCCGGUCCAGCCCAGUGUAUUUCUAAGGCGCUGUCGUCCAGCAGGCUCACAGUACUGAACCUUUGUAACGCCCAGCUCAGCGGCGUGCCGCUGUACACACUGGUUGGUGCAUUGAAGACAAACAGAACAUUGCAUGAACUCCACCUUGCCAACAAUCUGCUGAACAGUUACCAGGAUGCCCUGCAGCUGGGAGACCUGCUUCGAUACAACAACACUUUACAGACACUAGAACUUAGCAACAAUGUUGUAGCGGAUGCUGGUUUGGAAGAGUUGUGUGAUGGCUUGAAAUGGCAGACAACUGGUCUCCAAGUGUUACUGCUCAGAAACAACCAGAUUACUGCAAAAGGCAUGGAGCAUCUUGCCAGGACUCUGCCAGUGCUGAAGGUCCUGCAGGUCCUAGAUUUGGGGGAGAACCUCCUGGGGAACGAGGGCAUUCAUGUCAUCAGGGAGUCUCUGAUGGUGAACUGCUCUGUGCAGCAGCUUAGCCUGACCCAAGCUAACAUCACUUGUGAAGGUGCUGUAGCCUUGGCAGAGUUCCUUGUUGAGAACCAUCAGAUAAAGAGGCUGGACCUCCGUAUGAAUGAUGUGAGGCUUGGAGGCCUCAUGGCGUUGUCUGUAGCACUGAAGAUAAACAACUCUCUUGUCCAUCUGGAUUUGGACUUCAUACCGUCACAGGAGCAGGAUGAGUUUCUGUCAGACACUCAGACAAGGCUUCAGGCAGAGAUCACACAGCGCUGCCUCAUCAACGCCAGGCUGCGUGGUCCUGCUGAGGAAACUUCUGAAACUUCGACGGCUGAUGCUCACGGACUGCCUGACAACACAACCGCAGCCUGAGACACACACACACACACGUAUGCAGAUGCACACACACUCACACAAACACACACACACUUGCAGAAACAUGCACGCACAUACAUGCACGCACACACACACACACACACAUAUAUACACGCACACUCACACGGACGCACACUUACACACACACACACACACACACACACACACACACACACACACACACACACACACACACACACAGAUGCCCAUAUGAACUAAAUCACACAGACGCCACAAAUAGUGAACUAGCAGAUGUAUAUAAAUAAUAAUUGUAUUGCAAAUAAUGCUAUAAUAAUAAUAACCAUAAAGCUGGUGAUAAAGGCAGACUACAGCUCCCUAAUGAUGCUCCAGACUCCCAGCUGCUUCCUGCCUUAUGUUACGAGUGGAAGCCCACUUCAAACAUGAAUCACCUGAUAAUGAAGAGAGCACUACCCUUAAACACACACACCUCCAGCCACCACUCCCCCAUCCUCCCCCCAUCCUCCCCCGUCCUCCUCGUUCCGUCUGUGUGUGUAGCACUUAAUGAUGAUGAACUUCUCACUGAUUCAUUGCAGGACACUCUUAGUACAGUACGUGUGUGUGACUAUGAGAGAGGCAGGUGUUGUUUCAUCUGCAUCAGACCAGAUGACGAAUCACAGGCCUGCAUUCAACUCGUUUGAAGCUGAAGAGGACAAAAUGUCUGUAGGCAGGAAUGCCACAGCACCCCCGAAGGCUGGAGGCCUUCGGGGGUGCUGUGUUUUGUCUUGUUUGGGUUUAUGCACCUCUACUUAAGUCAUCAUGGAAAAACAUUUGGACCUGCUUCAUAUGUUCAGUAUUAAAGAAUUGUUUGUCAUUCACCUUCUGUUGGUUUGUUCACUUCUUUUCACAUUUGGUCUGAUGUUGUUCUCAUAUGUGUAGUUCUGUUUUUCUCCACCUGUUUGUUUCAUGUCUCAUGUUUCUUCCUUUUAUCCUCAAGGCCGUGUAUGAUGGUCUUUGUCCUCUGGUUUGUUGUAUGUCUUCAUGUUUAUUUUCUCAUCUACAGUAUAUCCUUGUUAGUUCUAUGUCUAGUUUACUGGUGUUUAACUUUGAGCCUGAUUUGAAGUUCUUGCAUUGUUGUGUUCACAGUUUAUUCGCCUCCUGUAGAACAGUGAAUAUCAUUUUGGUUUAAUUUGCUACUUUGUUUAAGUUGUUUGACCUUUGCCAAGUUUUCUGUUCCUUAUUACUCAUAUAAUUUCCACCUUACGUUUGUAUGUCUGAAGGCUGUCUUUCUUUACUCUGUUUGUGUGUUUUGAGUCUGAUUUCUUGAUCUUUUUUCUUUAUUGUGAUUUGUGUAUACUAUACAGUAGUAACAGCUCAUAGUAGCUGUGGUAGCUGGUAACAUUAAAGCUGAAAUUAUGCGUUGAAAUACAUUAACUUCUAUGUGUGGGAAGAUUCAGACAGACUUUAACUGUUUAAAUGUUUACAUGCUGGUCAAACAUUUGUGUUCAAGCAUUGUCACUGCACUGUGGAACCUUGGGCCUUUUUACAUCACCUGGAACAGAGCUAUUCAUUGACAGAUGAAAUCAGACGAGUGGAUAUUUGGGGGGAUUUUUGCAUUCCUUGAUUUACACCCAGUGCACCCAUUUAUAAUCCUUUUCAGAUAAAACUCUGGAGCCUCAGCCCAGCGAGUGUGUGCAGCUAACAGCUAGCAUGCAGCUGCCAGUGUUACUUCAUCUCCUUCCCCAAGCUCAGGUUUAUCUGAUAUCUGAGCUUUGUGUGUUUGCCCAUGUCUUCCUUCUCCUCAGCCCCCUUCAUCAUACAGUAACACAUGUGGGCAUGGCAGCAUCCCAACCCUUUCCAAACAUUAUGGCCCCACGGCUGGUUUUGGGUCCAAGUUUGAGCUCACUCAUUGGAUUCCUCAUCCAUUCAUGGCUCCCCCAACCCUCUCUGAAGCCUGGGUGGUCUGAACCCAGUCCAGUCUUGAUGGCGGAGACAGAGGAGGCAGAUGCUGCGGCACUGGGGAAUGUGAAGUGUCUCUGAAAAGACUGGGUCUACUCCAUCAUAGUUAAGGAGUAUAGGCAAGGUAAUACACACUUCUUUAGUGACUACACACCGUACAGUACAAUCAUGUAGUCACCAAAUAACUAGACUCACACUGUUAAUUGCUAAAACCAAGUCUUGUGUGUUUAAAUCAGUGGUUAGUUACAUACUGUGAUCCUUUCAUGGCAUCUUCUUCCAUAGUGUCUCAAUUCACAUUAUUUUAUUAUUAUACAAACGAGUUAUGUGCCAUUACUAUUCAUUUACAGAUUAUGCCACACAAUUAACCACCACUCCAGGAUGUAAAUCUAUAGUAUCUCUAUUCUACACCAGAGCCACAUGGUGCUAAGUUUAGGUUUCAACUUAACUAAGUACCUUUUUUCACCUCUACGUAGACAGCGGAACAACUAGCCUCCAUGUUUACAACCGACAGGACUUGUCCAAAGUAUUUAAUAUUAUAGUAAAGCUUUGUGAGGUUCUUACAUUUGACCACACUGUCUCUAUGAGUGUUGGCAUAUUUGACGUGCAUUAUGAUGUGGUUUUCUACGAAAAUGCAAUUGAUAAAAAUAACACUUAAAUCCCAAAGGACAGAACUGUAAUUAACUGUGAGCAGAACAUAUGAUGUUAUUGUAUAUGAUGUGUUUGAUGCUGAUAUUUGCUAGUGAUGACAGCGUAGAUUGCUGCUAUUUAAUUGAUGCAUAGGACAAAGUUUACAGUGUUUCUCCUUGUGCCUCUUUUUUCCUGCGCACUGAUGUAAAGAACAGUUUACCACUGGCUGUAAUCAGUCAUCACCGUCUGAUAUUAUGGGGAAGCAAUUAGGCGAGACAGCUGUGUACGUUACUAAUAAACAAUGGCUGAGCGAAGCCUCCUCCAAUGCUCUCAUCCAUCACCCAGAAAUGUUCUUGACUUUUCCAAGUUCUCUUUCUCUUUUCACUGCACAGACACAAGCACGCGCGAGCGCUGUGUUUCCACUGGUUCAGAUGAGUUUCUGGCUGAUGCUCAUAGCCUCCCCGCUGAAAGUGUGGCUGACUGUUCUCCUCCUCCUCCUCUUCGUCUUUCCCCCUUGUCAACACAAUCACUCCAUCCAUCUGUCCUGAGGCCCUGGCCCCGCGAGGGGGCGGAUCCACCCCCUCUCAGUGCCUUGUGGGCGCUCUCGCUCCUCUGCUCUACCUCCCAUUGCACGCACACACACACACACACACACACACACACACACACACACACACACACACACACACACACACACACACACACACACACACACACACCACACACACACACACAAACACCAAACUUUGAUUUAAUUAGUUACAUCCACUAACUAAACUCUCAACUUCAACAUUCAUUGAAUAUAUUACUGUUACCAAUAUUUUAAGAUGACACAAUUUCAUCUUAAUUUGUUUGCUGUUGAAUCUGUCCUGUACAGAAGCAUCGUAAAGAUAAACUAAAUUAAAGAAUUUCAUGAAGUGAACACAUUCUGAAUGCUGAAGUAUUGGAUUUAUCCCUAAGAAAGUCCUGGAAGUUGAUGAUACCUCAACAACAAAGUCAAAAAAACGGUACACAGUUUAGAAAUUUAGAUGUGCAGAAGAUACAGAUGCUGUUGAAUCAAUAUAGGCAAAAGCUGAAAAAAACUUCAUUCUACUUCAUUUCAUGAAAUGAUUCCCAAAAUUAUCCUAAACUGGCUGAAUAGCAAUUGGAACCUUUUAAAAUUAUCUGUGGGUGAUACCUAAAGGCUUACACCAGUAGAAUUCUCAAUAUAUAUUUUUUUAAUUCUAUUCUUUUAUUUUAAAACAACUUAUAACAAGUAGUAGACUCUCUGGGCUGAUUAUCAAUCUGAAAUGCAUUAAGUAAUCAUAAUUAUCCUGCCAAAAGAUGAGUUCUCAGUUUUUAUUUGUACUAAUUAAGAACAUGUUUUACAAUUUUGAAAAGAUUUGGUGUCUGUGGUGUACGAAUUCAUAUAACCUCCUUUCUUUAUUGAAUCAUGAUGUCAUAAUUAAAUUUUUCAAUAUGUAAAGAUGAAUAAGGCCUGUAACAGUAGACAUGAAACAUAACUGUGUGUACAUAUUUUUAACAGACAAUUGCCAUUUUCUCUCUGCCCUAUGAAGACACAUUAAAAAGCUGAAGAUAAUGGAAACUACUGCUGUGGCGUAGGUCUUUCUUAGUUGUAGUGAACUAAACAUAAUUAUAAGGCACCAACAGUGUUUUUUAGAUUAAAAUUUAAAAGUCAUAUGAGGACAAUUGAAUUGUGUUUGAGCAACUCAACAUUAUAACAUUAAGAUCAAUAAAAACAAUUUAUCUCCA